UUAAAUUAUAAAUAUGUUGGUAGACCUUAGAAGUAGGGAAAGUCACCCUUUAUAUAAAGGUUGGUGCAAUACUCAAUUUUAUUACUCAUUUGCAAUCUUAAUAACUCUUUUUUUUUUGAGCUUAUAAGAGUUGUUGUUUCUUUAGUCAUGGGUAGACAACCAUGUUGUGACAAGUUAGGGGUUAAGAAAGGUCCUUGGACUGCUGAGGAAGAUAAAAAACUUAUCAAUUUUAUCCUCACUAAUGGCCAAUGUUGUUGGAGGGCUGUCCCUAAACUUGCCGGUCUCCGGCGAUGCGGUAAAAGUUGCCGUCUCCGGUGGACGAAUUAUCUUCGACCCGACUUGAAAAGAGGACUUCUUAGUGAUUCAGAAGAACAAUUGGUUAUUGAUCUUCAUGCUCGACUUGGAAAUAGGUGGUCUAAGAUUGCUGCAAGAUUGCCCGGAAGAACCGACAACGAAAUCAAAAAUCAUUGGAACACACAUAUCAAAAAGAAGCUUAUCAAGAUGGGAAUUGACCCUAUUACACAUGAACCAUUAAAUAAAGAUCAACCGCCAAAGACUCAAAACAUUCCAAACCAAUCCUCUUCGUCUUCUAAUAACAACACUAAUUCCGAUAUUAGCACAGCCGAUUCCCUUAAUCAAACCCAAUCAUCGUCCUUAGAUACGACUAACAGUGAUCCAAUCGAUAGUAUGGCGAUCAUAAAUUUAAUGUCAAGUGAAAUUAUCAACAAUAGUCCUCCAACAGAAAAUACUUCAAGUGUUAAUUCUGAUCAAUCUAAUUCAAGCUUAAUUGACAGCAUUAGCAUUAUCGAUAAUGAGCUAGUGAGUUGCUUAUGGGACGAUAAUGACGUAACGCCUUUGGAGUUGCCCUACACAUACAAUAGUGAACAAAAUUGUGUAUCAAGCAAUAAUGUUGCUAGUACCAUUAAUUUGCCUACAUGGGAUGACAAUUGUUCUUGGUUGUUUGAUUGUCAAGAUUUUGGCAUCCAAGAUUUCGCGCUUGAUUGCUUUACUGACAUCGAGAUUAUGAACACAUUGGACGUGCUCGACAUGGAGAACAAGCAAUGAUUUACGAUAAUUAAUUAGUGAAACGGAUUAAUAUUAAAACUUAUGAGAGUAAAUUAAGUAAACAAGAUAACGGUGAAAAUAAUUAUAUAUGUACAUGUAUGUAUGGCAUACGUACGUGCUGCGAAUGUAGCGUAUUUUCACUUUAUUUAUUUUUUUUGCAAUUUGUGUUUGGAAAUUCUCUAGUGGUUGUUUUUAGCCAACCAUCGGUGAGAAUCAUACCAUAGCAAAAAAGUGAUACACCAUAGUGAAAAACUGAAAAUAGUGCUCUUUUAAUUUUAAUUUUUUUUUUCUUUUAUUUGUUUGUAAAUUAUCGUUGGAAAAGUUGAUGAGGCGGCCUAUGGGCAUGGUCUUCCUGUGCAAAGGAAAGCCUUUGUACAUAAAAUAUGUACCUACUACCAUGAUGAAUAAUAAUAAUAAUAUAUAUAUUCCUGUUUCAUACUAGCUUUUGUAUUAU